AUGACAGUUGCAGCCAAUGUGUCUCGUUUUGAGGGUGUGACCAUGGCCCCUCCGGAUCCAAUUCUUGGGGUCUCUGAAGCUUUCAAGGCAGACACUAAUGAUCUGAAGCUUAAUCUUGGAGUUGGCGCUUACCGGACAGAAGAACUCCAACCCUAUGUUCUUAAUGUCGUUAAGAAGGUCAGAUAAUUUACGUACACUAUAAUUUAUCUGACUGUCCUAUUCUUCAAGAUGGCAACAGGUUAAAACCGACUCUCAUUUGGCUCAUCCCUUCCUUGCAUUUACGUUGACCCCAAUCGUAUUAUCUCUUACUUCACAGGCAGAGACCUUCAUGUUAGAGAAGGCCGAGAACAAAGAGGUAAUUUGAGGCAUUCAAUGAAAAUGAUUCCGCCAGUCUCGCUCUAAGAUUUCGUUAAAGUCUUGGCUACACUAUCCUCGCAGUACCUUCCGAUAGAAGGUUUGGCCGCAUUUAACAAGGCCACUGCCGAGCUGAUAUUCGGAGCAGACAAUUCUAUUCUCCAGCAAGGAAGAGUACGCUUUCUCCACCCUUUAUUCUAAAGAUAUUCAUCAGGGGAAAUCACAUCAGUUCUGCUCUAUUAUUCAGGUGGCCACUGUUCAAGGCCUAUCGGGGACUGGUUCUCUUCGUUUAGGCGCAGCAUUCAUACAAAGAUACUUCCCAGAGGCAAAAGCCCUGAUCUCGGCUCCGACCUGGGGUACCUUCUUUGUUGUGCAUCAAGCAUGUAUGUUCGAUGCUCAUAUUACUCAUCUUCUGUGAUUUAAGGCCAGAUGGCUUAAUUCCUAACAGGAAAUCAUAAGAAUAUCUUUAAUGAUGCGGGCGUCCCCUGGUCCGAGUAUCGAUACUACGACCCUCGAACAGUUGGUUUGGACUUUGACGGCAUGAUUGCAGACAUUAAGGUAAGUGUUAUCAAUCCUCUUUGCAAUGGAGAUAUUUAUUUCUUUUUUGCUUGCCGUGAAGAAAAUCUUCGUCUUUGGGUGGGCAGUUCUGUAACUUCAACCUCUUGCUUUCCAUUUCUAGGCAGCACCGGACGGAUCCUUCAUCGUUCUCCAUGGCUGCGCCCACAACCCUACUGGCAUCGACCCGACUCCAAAACAGUGGGAGCAAAUCGCCGACGUGAUCCAAGAAAAGGGCCACAUCCCCUUCUUCGACGUCGCGUACCAGGUAACGGCAGCCUUCGCUUCCACGCCUUCCGAUCCCAUCCGAACGACGUCUGAUCCUACACAGGGCUUCGCGAGCGGAGACCUCGACACCGAUGCCUCAUCUGUGCGGCUCUUCGUCUCCCGCGGGCUGGAGCUUCUCGUGGCCCAGUCCUACAGCAAGAACCUGGGUCUCUAUGCAGAACGAGUCGGGGCCAUGAACGUCGUCUGCUUCUCAUCAGAUGCAGCAACAAGGUAGGACGAGGAACUGAAAUCCUUCACACGCGUUGACCGAGAACGCGACUAAAAGAAUUAUGCCCUCGUCAGGGUGAAGAGCCAGCUCAAGAGACUCGCCCGCCCGAUGUACUCGAACCCUCCUGUUCAUGGCGCCAGAAUCGUGGCCAGCGUGGUCGGCGACCCGGCGCUGUUCAACGAAUGGAAGGAAGAGAUGGACCAGAUGGCCGGGCGGAUAAAGAACGUGAGGCAAAGGCUCUUCGACAACCUCUCUGAGAAGGGCAAGAGCGGGAAGGACUGGUCUUUCAUCCUCCAGCAGAUCGGCAUGUUCUCCUUCACGGGCCUCAACAAGGCGCAGGUGGGUAGCUCCUCCCUGAACUCUUCCUCCUCGUCCUCCCCCUUCCAUCCUCCUAUUUUUAGCAUCUUCCAUGUUCCUACAGAGCGACAACAUGACGGACAAGUGGCACGUGUACAUGACCAAGGACGGGAGAAUAUCGCUAGCUGGUCUGUCACUGGCUAAAUGCGAGUACCUCGCCGACGCCAUCAUCGAUUCCUUCCACAACGUCAGCUAG